CGGGCGUCCGGGCGGGGAGCCGGCCGGGGACCGGCGGCGCGCGGCGGCCGAGGUUCAGCCCCGACUUUCCUCUGUCUCCUGCAUAUUCCUGGGCAUGGAACUUAAAGCCUUACACAUGCAUGCUGGCUGCCAGGGGUACGCACCCGCUGGUGAGGCAUGCUGAGGCCAGGAGGCCGACAGAAUGAGUGGACACGAGGCUGGCAGCUCAGGCCGUCGGCAGCAGGCCACCUACCACCUGCACAUCUACCCGCAGCUGUCCACCACUGGGAGCCAGACCUCAUGCCGUGUGACUGCCACCAAGGACAGUACCACGACCGACGUCAUCCGAGAUGCGGUGUCCAGCCUGCGCCUGGAUGGCUCAAAGCACUACGUGCUGGUGGAGGUGAAGGAGUCAGGCGGGGAGGAGUGGGUGCUGGAUGCCAGCGACUCGCCCGUGCACCGUGUACUGCUUUGGCCUCGACGUGCCCAGGACGACCACCCGCAGGAGGAUGGCUACUACUUUGUGCUACAGGAGCGCAAUGCCGAUGGCAGCAUUCAGUACGUGCACAUGCAACUGCUGGCGCAGCCCACAGCCGCUCGGCGCUUGGUGGAGCGUGGGCUGUUGCCACGGCCACAGGCCGACUUUGACGACCUGUGUAACCUGCCAGAACUGACUGAAGCCAAUCUGCUUCAGAACCUGAAGCUGCGCUUCAUGCAGCACAAGAUCUACACUUAUGCGGGUAGCAUCCUGGUGGCCAUCAACCCCUUCAAGUUCCUGCCCAUCUACAAUCCCAAGUAUGUCAAGAUGUAUGAGAACCAGCAGCUGGGCAAACUGGAGCCACAUGUGUUUGCUCUGGCAGAUGUGGCCUACUACGCCAUGCUGCGCAAGCGUGUGAACCAGUGCAUCGUCAUCUCAGGCGAGAGUGGCUCUGGCAAGACGCAGAGCACCAACUUUCUCAUCCACUGCCUCACAGCACUCAGUCAGAAGGGCUAUGCCAGUGGUGUCGAGAGGACCAUCCUAGGUGCAGGGCCUGUGCUGGAGGCUUUUGGGAAUGCCAAGACAGCCCACAACAACAACUCCAGCCGCUUUGGGAAAUUCAUCCAAGUUAACUACCUGGAGAGCGGCAUCGUGCGGGGAGCUGUUGUGGAGAAAUACCUGCUUGAAAAAUCGCGCCUGGUAUCCCGGGAGAAGGAUGAAAGGAAUUACCAUGUGUUUUAUUAUCUGCUGCUGGGUGUUAGUGAGGAGGAGCGCCAGGAAUUCCGGCUGAAGCAGCCUCAAGACUAUUUCUACCUCAACCAGCAUAACUUGAAUAUCGAAGAUGGAGAAGACCUCAGACAUGACUUUGAAAGGCUCCAGCAGGCCAUGGAGAUGGUGGGCUUCCUACCUGCUACCAAGAAGCAGAUCUUUUCUGUCCUCUCAGCUAUCCUGUACCUGGGCAAUGUCACCUACAAAAAGAGAGCCACAGGCCGUGAUGAAGGCCUGGAGGUUGGGCCCCCUGAGGUGUUGGAUACCCUCUCAGAGCUCCUGAAGGUGAAACGGGAGACCCUGGUGGAAGUCCUGACCAAGAGGAAAGCAGUGACAGUCAACGACAAGCUCAUCCUGCCUUACAGCCUGAGUGAGGCCAUAACUGCUCGGGACUCCAUGGCCAAGUCUCUGUACAGUGCCCUGUUUGACUGGAUUGUGUUGAGGAUCAACCAUGCCCUCCUCAAUAAGAAGGACAUGGAAGAGGCCGUUUCUUGCUUGUCCAUUGGUGUCCUAGACAUCUUUGGAUUUGAGGACUUUGAACGGAACAGCUUUGAGCAGUUCUGCAUCAACUACGCCAACGAGCAGCUGCAGUAUUACUUCACCCAGCACAUCUUCAAGCUGGAGCAGGAGGAGUACCAGGGUGAGGGCAUUGCAUGGCACAACAUUGACUACACGGACAACGUGGGCUGUAUCCACCUCAUCAGCAAGAAGCCCACAGGCCUCUUCUACCUGUUGGACGAGGAGAGCAACUUCCCACAUGCUACGAGUCACACCCUGCUGGCCAAGUUCAAGCAGCAGCAUGAGGAAAACAAGUACUUCCUGGGCACGCCAGUCCUGGAGCCCGCCUUCAUCAUCCAGCACUUUGCAGGCAGAGUGAAGUAUCAGAUCAAGGACUUCCGGGAGAAGAACAUGGACUACAUGAGACCUGACAUUGUAGCACUGCUGCGGGGCAGUGACAGUUCCUAUGUGCGCCAGCUCAUCGGCAUGGACCCAGUGGCUGUGUUCCGCUGGGCUGUGCUGCGGGCUGCCAUCAGGGCCAUGGCUGUGCUGCGGGAGGCUGGGCGCUUGCGUGCAGAGAGAGCUGAAAAGGCAGCAGAAGUAGCAGCUUUUGUACCACGGGGGACCCCACCAAACAGUGUGCACUCUGUGUCUCCAGCAGGAAUAAGUAGUCCUGGCACUCGAAGUCACACGGAAGAGCUGCCAAGAGGAGCUAAUACCCCUUCGGAAAAACUGUAUCGCUGUGCAGGGCUAGAUUUCUCCUUUGACCGCUCUGAGGAGUUGGAUGUUAACGCUUUUGAGGACAUCAUGGCUUUCUAUGAGAGCAGGAACGAUUUGCAUAACCAAAUCAUCAAGAGCCUCAAAGGACUGCCAUGGCAGGGCGAGGACCCGCGGAGGCUUCUCCAGUCCCUCAGUCGGCUCCAGAAGCCCCGCACCUUCUUCCUGAAGAGUAAAGGUAUCAAACAAAAGCAGAUCAUUCCAAAGAACCUACUGGACUCCAAGUCUCUAAGGCUUAUCAUCGGCAUGACGCUGCAUGACCGCACCACCAAGUCGCUGCUGCACCUUCACAAGAAGAAGAAGCCACCCAGCAUCAGUGCGCAGUUCCAGACAUCUCUUAACAAGCUGUUGGAGGCGCUGGGCAAGGCCGAGCCCUUCUUCAUCCGCUGCAUUCGCUCCAAUGCUGAGAAGAAGGAACUCUGCUUCGAUGACGAUCUGGUCCUGCAGCAGCUGCGCUACACGGGCAUGUUGGAGACUGUGCGCAUCCGGCGCUCCGGCUACAGUGCCAAGUACACUUUCCAGGACUUCACGGAGCAGUUCCAGGUGCUCCUGCCCAAGGAUGUCCAACCCUGCAGGGAGGCCAUUGCUGCCCUGCUGGGGAAGCUACAGGUGGAUGGCCGCAACUACCAGAUCGGGAAGACAAAGGUCUUCCUGAAGGAAACAGAGCGACAGGCCCUGCAGGAGAGGUUGCAUAGUGAGGUCCUGCGUAGGAUCCUGCUACUGCAGAGCUGGUUCCGUAUGGUGCUGGAACGCAGGCACUUCCUGCAGAUGAAGCAUGCUGCCCUGGCCAUCCAGGCCUACUGGCGCUCAUACCGUGUACGCCGUUCGCUGGAGAGGGCACAGGCAGCUAUGUACCUGCAGGCCGCUUGGAGGGGCUACCUGCAGCGUCGGGCCUACCACCGACAGAGGAAUAAUAUCAUCCGCCUACAGAGCCUCUGUCGUGGCCACCUGCAACGCAGGAGCUUCCGCCAGAUGAUGUCAAAGAAGCAGAAGGCAGAGGAACAAGCCAGGGAAGCUGCAGCAGAGACAUCAGAGGUUGAGCUGGGCCCUGCAACUACAAUGGAACAGCUGUCUGAGCAGCCUGUUGUGGAGCAGACCGGAGACCUUGAGAGUCUGGGUGUACAGACUGAAACCUGGAUGAAUGACAGGUCCCCAGCUGGCACCUCCUCACCUAAGAUGGAGGCACCCAGCCUGGAGAAGGGCACCCCAAUGCAAAAAACGGAGCCAGCAGAAAAUCACGAGAAAGUCCCCAGCAGCCGGGAGAAGAGAGAGUCGCGGCGGCAACGAGGAUUGGAACAUGUUGAGCUACAGAACAAACACAUCCAUUCCUGCAAGGAGGAGAGCAGCACCCUAAGAGAACCUUCCAGUAGGGCCAGUCUGGAAACUGGGGAGAACUUCCCUGAGGACACAAAGGGAUACAGGGAAGAUGGACUGCCCUCGGGGGCAUGGACUGAGGCCACAGCCCACUCUCCUUCAAAGCAGGUGCAGGUUGUGGAAGCCCCACCCGGGAGUCCAAGUCUCAGUCCCAUACAGCGGCCCACUAGCCUGGCCCUAGACAAUAGGGUCACCCCAGUGGUCUCCAUCAGCACUCCCGAAUCCCCCAAGGAUAAGGCCAAGGGUGGGGACAGCCCCAAGGCUCAGGACAAGCCAGAGAGUCCCAGUGGCUCUACCCAGAUUCAACGUUACCAACACCCGGACACAGAACGGCUGGCCACCGCCGUGGAGAUAUGGCGAGGCAAGAAGCUGAUAGCCGCUGGUGGUACCAGUGCCAUGCUGAGCCAAUCCCUGGACCUGAGUGAGAAGCACCGGGCUGUAGGGGCAGCCCUGACUCCUACAGAGGAGAAGCGCAUCUCCUCCUCCACCAGUGACGUCUCCAAGUUGUCUCCGGUCAAGACUCCAGCUGAAAUAGAUGGGGAUCCGAGCACCAAGAAGCCAGCCAUCCACAAGAAGAAGUCAGGAGAUGUGUCUGCUGGUCCUGAUGCAGGCCUAUCUCCAGGCUCCCAAGGUGACUCCAAAUCUGCCUUUAAGCGGCUGUUCCUGCACAAAACCAAGGAUAAGAAACCUAGCCUGGAGGGCGUGGAGGAGAUGGAGAGCAAUGGAGGGCAGGUGGCACAGGAAGCCUCCGCCAAGAAGAAUCUAGAAGCACUUUCUAGCCAGCAGCACCGCCAUGCUGUGGGCGAGAAGCCCCUGAAAGGGAAAAAGAACCGAAACCGCAAGGUCGGCCAGAUCACAGUGUCAGAGAAGUGGCGUGAAUCAGUGUUCCGCAAGAUCACCAAUGCCAACGAGCUCAAGUUCCUGGAUGAGUUCCUGCUCAACAAGGUGAACGACCUGCGCUCGCAGAAGACGCCCAUCGAGAGCUUGUUCAUCGAGGCCACCGAACGGUUCAGGAGCAACAUUAAGACCAUGUACUCUGUGCCUAACGGAAAGAUCCAUGUAGGCUACAAGGACCUAAUGGAGAACUACCAGAUCGUUGUCAACAACCUGGCUGCUGAGCGUGGGCAGAAGGACACCAACCUGGUCCUCAAUGUCUUCCAGUCACUGCUGGAUGAGUUCACCCGCAGCUACACCAAGACCGACUUUGAGCCGACUAAGCAGAGCAAAGCCCAGAAGAAGAAGCGGAAACAGGAACGUGCUGUCCAGGAGCACAAUGGACAUGUGUUUGCCAGCUACCAGGUGAACAUCCCGCAGUCGUGUGAGCAGUGUCUCUCCUAUAUCUGGCUCAUGGACAAGGCUCUGCUGUGCAGUGUAUGCAAGAUGACCUGCCACAAAAAAUGCGUGCACAAGAUUCAGAGCUACUGCUCCUACACAGGAAGGAGGAAGAGUGAGCCGGGUGCCGAGCCAGGCCACUUCGGUGUGUGUGUGGACAGCCUAACCAGUGACAAGGCCUCCGUGCCCAUCGUGCUGGAGAAACUUCUAGAACAUGUAGAGAUGCACGGCCUGUAUACCGAGGGCCUCUACCGCAAAUCAGGCGCUGCUAACCGGACUCGGGAACUGAGGCAGGCACUGCAGAUAGACCCUGCUGCAGUCAACCUGGAAGACUUCCCCAUCCACGCCAUCACUGGGGUCCUGAAGCAGUGGCUGAGGGAGCUGCCUGAGCCCCUCAUGACCUUUGCCCAGUAUGGAGACUUCCUCAGGGCUGUUGAGCUUCCGGAGAAGCAGGAACAGCUGGCUGCCAUCUAUGCGGUUUUGGACCACCUGCCUGCGGCCAACCACACCUCUCUGGAGAGGCUCAUCUUCCAUCUUGUCAAGGUGGCCCUACUUGAGGACGUGAACCGCAUGUCACCAGGAGCUCUGGCCAUCAUCUUUGCACCCUGCCUACUCCGCUGCCCUGACAACUCGGACCCCCUGACCAGCAUGAAGGAUGUACUGAAGAUUACCACGUGUGUGGAGAUGCUCAUCAAAGAACAGAUGAGGAAGUACAAGGUGAAGAUGGAGGAGAUCAGCCAACUGGAGGCCGCUGAGAGCAUCGCAUUCCGCAGGCUUUCCCUGUUGCGGCAAAAUGCUCCGUGGCCUCUCAAACUGGGGUUUUCGUCUCCCUAUGAGGGGGUCCGGACCAAAAGCCCCAGGACCCCAGUGAUGCAGGACAGCAGUUUGGAGGAGCUGGAGGCCCUCCCUGAGGAGACGGCAGGUGGCGAUGAGGACCGAGAGAAGGAGAUUCUCAUGGAGCGGAUUCAGUCCAUCAAGGAGGAGAAGGAGGACAUCACAUACCGGUUGCCUGAGCUGGACCCGCGGGGCUCUGACGAGGAAAAUCUGGACUCAGAGACAUCGGCUAGCACCGAGAGCCUGCUGGAGGAGAGGGGCGCACGGGGGGGCGUGGAAGGGCCCCCCGCACCUGCUCUCCCCUGCCCCAGUGUGUCCACCCCGAACCCCCUCCCCGCGGCCGCUGCCCCUCCACGCCGAAGGCCGACAUCCUUCGUCACGGUCAGAGUGAAGACACCCCGGAGGACCCCCAUCAUGCCCAUGGCAAACAUCAAGCUCCCGCCGGGCCUGCCGUCACACCUGACCGACUGGGCACCUGCUCUCCGAGAGGCUGCUGUUCUGGUGAGGCGUCGAGAGCCACCUGCCCGCCGACAGGACCAGGUACAUUCUGUAUACAUCGCCCCUGGGGCUGACCUACCGUCGCAGGGCACCCUGGACCAUGAUGUCAGACUUCCUGGAGCAAAACGCAGAUAUUCGGAUCCCCCUACCUACUGCCUGCCCCCCAACUCCAGCCAGGCCAAUGGCUGAGGACCAUGAUAGGCAGUCUGCAUGACCUGGAACCCCAGCUGCGGAGCUGGCCUUCCGCUCUCUGAGAAGGAUCCAAAAUGAAAAGCAUCCAGAAGGAUGAGACAGGCACCAGCUCUGUGUGGCGUGAAGGCUCGGGGCUGCUGGCCAGGAGCCCCAGUCUGCACAGUGGUGACCUUUGUACUUAGUCUCAGUAACUGUUUCUCUGUUUGUUGUUUACAUAACUAGUUCUAACAGCCUUACUGGAGGACCAAACUGUUAUUUUGUAUGUGUAUGUGACAGCUUUCAUAUCAGCUCUUUCCACCUUUGUGACCUGCAUGGGGGUGGCCAUGCCCGGCUGCUGGCUCCACCCCUGGACAGUGGACAGUAGACUUGUAGGGCAUCUGUUUCCCUCCCAGAUGCCUCCCAGAAUUGGCCAUAUGGCCAGAGAACCUUCCAGCAUUGUUGGAGCUUUCCGCAGGGUCACAGCUGUUGGCUGAAGACAGGACAGGAGUGGGAAGCCCCACCAACCUGCAUUCUGGGGAAGCCUGAAUGUAGCCCACUUGGCUCUGCCCACUGUGCCUUGGGGCUGCCUGCCCUAUGGGCUGUAAGGAGCCAGGGACUCCGGACCUGUCGGGGCAGGCAGCCCAGGCUGGAGCUCCUCUGCAGCCCCAGUGACAACCUGGGUCCUUCAGAGCGCAGCUCUCUUCUCUCAGGCUCCACCCCCUCCUAGACACACACGCAGGCCACCAGCCUGGGACCAAGGAAGCUCCGCUCCUGGAGGUGUGGAAUAAAAGUACUUGAGAAGUGUUGGUGUGGCCUUGCUGUGGGGCUGGAUCCGGGUGGGUGGGGUCCUGUCUGAGGAAAGGCCUGCCUGAAGCACCAGCCAGUGCUGCCUGAGCUGUCCUUCCCAAGGUGGACAAGGUGAAGCCAGAAGGAGGUGAAGCACGAGGUUCCAGCUAACUUGGGCUGAGAGUGAGGCCUGCAUGAAGAGAAGGAAAAGGACCAUUAAGACCUCAUUCCAUGAAGAGGCUGCUGCUGUUACCCUGGCAGCUGCAGAGGCCAGUUCAGGCAUCCAUAAUCUGAAAUGAACUGUUGAACAGGUGAGAGAUUCCACACCUGCUCUCAAGUGCCCAAGACCUGGAGAAAUGGCCCUGCGGUGAAGAACUCUUGACCAAGAGCUGGCUUUGUUCCCAGCACCAGCUGGAGCCUCACGUGCACCUGUAACUCCAGAUCCAAGGGGUUGGGCGCCCUCUUCUGGCCUCAUAGGCACCGGGCAUGCAGGCGGUGCACAAACAUGCAGGCAAAACACCUGUACACAUAAAAUAAAUACCAUUUUUGUUUUUAAA